UCUAGCUCGGACACUUUCGGGGGGUCGCGCUGCCUUCACUCAUAUCCCGGGAGGUGGCGUACGGGAGGGUGUGUCCUGUGUACUGCUUGUGUGUUUAAUGGCUGGUACACCUUCCCCAUUAAGCCUCAGCCACGGGGGACGCAGCCAUGCCUCACUUCAUAUCCCGGUGUUAGCUACGAGACGCUAGGCGGUGCGUGUCUGCUCUCUUGUCUAGUCUUUCCGGUGAUGUAGAGCGCUAGGUUGUGCAGCGGCUCGGAGUCAUGGAGAAGGACUCUAUCGGGCAGGGCGGCCUCUCCUGGUGUGGUGUCAGACUGUCACUGCUGCUACUGGUGACGGCGAGACUGGCGGUGGUCAGUUCAAAGGACAACAACCUGUACACUGUGUCAGAGCUGUGUCAGGACUCGUUCAUGAAGCAACACAACCGCAUGAUAGAGGGCGCGGUGCUGGCGUCAAGGGGUGAGAGGAACCUGAAGUGCGAAGUCACCUUCCAGACAGCUUCCGUGCUCCAGAGGUUCAUGCUGAGGUUUGAGAGGCUGCAGCUGGAUUGUAACGACCACCUCUAUAUCUACGAUGGUGCCCAUGUUACAGAGCCACAUAAGGCGGACCUGUCUUGUCGCAGCACGCUACAGAACGUGGGCACCCUCUACACGAAGAGCAAUUUCGUCACCCUGAAGUACGUCACAGAUCAGUGGGGACCCAAGGACAACGGCUUCAGGCUGCUCAUCACGGCUUUCAAGGACAAGAAACACACCUGUCUCCACUUUCGCUGCGAGACGACUAACUUCUGUGUGGACCGCGAACUGACGUGUGAUGGAGUGAACCACUGUGGUGACGGCAGUGAUGAGUCCACCAACCUGGCCCGCUGUCCUCCCACGCCUUUGUACGAGGUGCUGGGUGUAUCCGGUGCCCUCCUUGUGGCUAUUGUGACCUCCGUGGCCCUCUUAUGCUGUGCUUGCGGCGUGGCUGUGGUGGUGUGUGUUUACAGGAGAAACAGAGCAUUGCACCAGCCACCGUCACAGUCCCAAGGCUAUCCUAUAGAGGUCGGCGGCACAAUGGGGACAAAUGGCACCUUUGGAAGUGUCAUGGUAGAAAAACCUCCACCUUAUCCUGGAGCACCUCAGCACACCUCAGUCAAUCCCCCAGGUACGACGCCUUCACCUGGGAGUGGGAACCUAACCUUCCCUGGUUAUACCGUUGGGUGCACGGCCCGCUAUAUUUAUCCAUUACCUUAAGCUUAACAUAACCUCCUCAUCAGCUGUCCAGGGAACUCCACACCCUCACCACAAGACACCAGCCCGGGAAACCUGUGUCGCCCUUCGGCAGGGGUGGGGUGCAGUACGCGUCUAAUGUUCAACGUUCUCUUCUGCCUGUGUCAGUGAGAGCGUCCGGCUCCGAGAGUGAUGUAUCUUCCACUCAGAAAGAAGAGUGGUUUGUAUAGGUGGAAAUGGACGAGCGUACUAAACUCCCUUGUCGCAGGGCUGCCUCCCGAUGUCCACCAGCUGCUCCCCAGAUGGACAUCCACCUCUCUCUCUCUCUCUCUCUCUCUCUCUCUCUCUCUCUCUCUCUCUCUCUCUCUCUCUCUCU